CUCAUAAAAUUAUAUUAUUUUAUAUUUAUAUCAAUUUUCAACAGAAAACGCAGACGUGUAAUCGGAAGACUGGAUACAAGCAAGUGCCGCUGGGUACGAUAACCGUCGGCUCAAAAAUAAAGAUACGCUCACGUAAUGGCCAAAUGUUUGACGCUCGACUCGAAAUAUUGCUAAUUUGCCAUCAAGAUAAUAAGUAAAACUAAAGCCAAAAUGGUAAACAGAACAUCAAAGCGAAAAGUGGAACAGAAAACUUAUCAAAAAGCAGAACCUAAAGCUACCCCAACUCUGACAGAUUUCAAGCCAAAGAUAAUGCCUGCAUAUGGCUUCACUGAUAAAGAGCUCCCAGAAAAAAUGAGGGUACCAUAUAUUCACACAAGAUAUCGUCGGCCAUGCCUUUCAGUAGAACAGUGCAUCGAGAGUAUGUUCCAGCCGCACAAUGAGAUGGUUAACAUCUGGUCACAUUUCAUAGCUGCAUUUGUCUUUCUAAUUCACAAUUCUGAUUUGCUAAGAGAGUACCGUAACUUUGAUGACCCCCUUGUUGCACCCUUAGCAUGCUGUGCUGUUGGAAUUGUUGUUCUAUUUUUUGUAAGUGCCUGUACUCAUUUAUUUAAUUCCAUGUCCUUGUUGGCAUACCAUGUGUGCUACUUUUGUGAUUACGCUGCCAUAAGUAUCUGUACAUUCACCACUGCUCAAGCCAUGUUUUUCUACUCCAGACCUAUCAGCACUUCCUGGAGGAUGUUUAACUCACCAAUUGCAUUUUUAGCUCUUGCUGUCAUGAAUUCACUUCUUUCCACUUUCACAUGUUGCGCUGUACUUGUACGUAGACCCUGGUAUCAUGCAUUUGUCCGCACUAGUGCAUAUUUAUCACUUGGACUGUUCACAGUGCUUCCCUACUUAGGCCGACUAGCCUUUUGUAGUUACACAGCCUCAGUGGAAUGCACCACCCCAUCAUAUAUCCAUUUCAAGCGGUACUGUCUCUACUUCACAAUUGCAGGCGUCACAUAUGCUAAUCGUAUCCCAGAGAGAUUGUUUCCUAAGAUGUUUGACCUUUUGGGACAAAGCCAUCAUAUUCUUCAUGUUCUUUCGGCUAUGGCGCUCUCUGAGAUGUUCACGGCAGUCCAUAUUGACAUGAUGGAUAGGAAAGAGUCAUUGAUGACAAAGCCUUAUUCGUGGCUUGAGCUGUGUGCUGUUUUUACUUUGACCACCGUGGUGAUAAACAUUGGGGUGGUUUUCUGGUUUAGUAGAUCACUGAAAAGAAGACUUCAAAAACUCAGGAAUGUCCAGGAAUAAUUCACUGAAUUAAGACUUGUGUUUGAGUACAGAUCAGUGUUAUUACAGGAAAAGUUAUGCUGAUACACCAGUUGACAUAAAUACAGUAAUAUAAAAUGCUAACAAUUUAAAACUACUUGUAUUUAAUUUUAUAUUAUCAAUUAUAUUUUCACUUAUUUAUUGCCCAUAUAUUAUCAAAUAUUUAUUUUAGUCUUUUCUAAGUAUAAUGGAUAUCUAAUUUUAAUAAAAUGCACUUGAAAAUUUUUA